AUGUGUCGCUACCUUCCCAAGCUGCUUUCACACGACCCAAACGAGAUCACCACGGCGCAUGAGAUCACAGCUCGCAACCGCCUCUUCAAUGUCGAUGGUUUCGGGGUUGCUUGGUACACGGCGACCGCGGCAGAGUUCAACAGCGAUGGUAUAACUGCAGAGCAACCUGGCCUCUACAAGAACGCUCAGCCUCCUCUCCAUGACACCAACUUCCGCAGCAUCUGUGCAAACACAGCUAGCAAAGCCGUCUUCGCUCACAUUCGUGCUGCUACAGCCACCCCUGUUACUGCGGUCAACAACCAUCCUUUUGUCUUCGGUCGACACACCUUCAUGCACAAUGGAGAAAUUUCUGACUUCUCCAAGAUCUGCCGUGGCAUGGCCGAUCUAAUGGACGAUGAUUCGUACGGCAAUGUACAUGGGUCGACAGAUUCUGAACAUUUUGCGGCACUGUACAUCACAUACCUUACAGAUGGGAAAGGCCGGAAGAGCUGGGAACAGCAAUACACCGUCAAGCAGAUGCGAGAUGCCAUGAGAAAGGCGGUUGGCACCGUUGUGAAGCUGCAGCGAGAAAAACUUGGAGACAAGGCAGAACCCAACAGCCUGAACCUGGCAGCGACUGAUGGCAGCCAGCUUGUUGCUUUCCGGUUUCGGAAUCAUGCGACCGAGCAGCCACCUUCGCUGUACUAUUCUACCAAGGCAGGCGUUACAUUGAACAGGAAAUAUCCCGAUCACCCUGACGGGAAAGAAAAUCCUCUCGCACACAAAAAGGCCGAAGAUCAUGGUAGCCAUGUGAUCGUUGCCAGCGAACCUUCAACGUACGACUCGAAGGAAUGGGACCUUAUCGAGAAGAACCAUUGCUUGAUGGUGGAGACUGACGGUAAAGCCCAGAUCGAGAAGCUGGAGUAUCCUCAAGAAUGGAAUGCGACGAUGAAUUAG